CCGGGCGAGAGGCCGGAGCCUACGAGGGAGGCCCGUAAGGCGGCGGAGCUCGGUGUUUUUUCGCGAGCCCCACUCUUAAUCAUCCUCUUCCUCGGCUGUCCGUCCCCAAGUCUCGGCUGGCCCUUUCGCCGACGCAAGGCCGAGGGAGGGGGCUAGAAGUAGCCGCCCUCCCCUCCCGAGGCAGCCACCCCCUGCUUUUCGGCUUUGCUCCCUGACGCGUGCGCCCGGGCAGUGCGCCCCGGCAGGCCCCAGCCAUGUCCAUGCUGCCGUCGUUCGGCUUUACGCAGGAGCAAGUGGCGUGCGUGUGCGAGGUUCUGCAGCAGGGCGGGAACCUGGAACGCCUGGGCAGGUUCCUGUGGUCGCUCCCCGCCUGUGACCACCUGCACAAGAACGAAAGCGUGCUCAAGGCGAAGGCUGUGGUCGCCUUCCACCGUGGCAACUUCCGCGAGCUCUACAAGAUCCUAGAGAGCCACCAGUUCUCGCCGCACAACCACCCGAAGCUGCAGCAACUGUGGCUGAAGGCGCACUACGUGGAGGCCGAGAAGCUGCGCGGCCGACCCCUGGGCGCCGUGGGCAAAUAUCGGGUGCGCCGAAAAUUCCCGCUGCCGCGCACGAUCUGGGACGGCGAGGAGACCAGCUACUGCUUCAAGGAGAAGUCGCGGGGCGUGCUGCGGGAGUGGUACGCGCACAACCCCUACCCAUCGCCGCGGGAGAAGCGGGAGCUGGCCGAGGCCACCGGCCUCACCACCACCCAGGUCAGCAACUGGUUUAAGAACCGGAGGCAAAGAGACCGGGCCGCCGAGGCCAAGGAAAGGGAGAACACCGAAAACAAUAACUCCUCCUCCAACAAGCAGAAUCAACUCUCUCCUCUGGAAGGGGGCAAGCCGCUCAUGUCCAGCUCUGAAGAAGAAUUCUCACCUCCCCAAAGUCCAGACCAGAACUCGGUUCUUCUGCUGCAGGGCAAUAUGGGCCACACCAGGAGCUCAAACUAUUCUCUCCCCGGGUUAACAGCCUCGCAGCCCAGCCAUGGCCUACAAGCCCACCAGCAUCAGCUCCAGGACUCCCUGCUCGGCCCCCUCACCUCCAGUUUGGUGGACUUGGGGUCCUAAAAGGGAAGGGACUGGUGCCUUGAAAUGCCAACUAGGAA